CAAAACAAAAACGAAUACUAGGUAUUAUAAAAAUAGGCAAUUCUAAUUUAUUUAAGUAACAAGGGUACAUUUUAAAUCCUUGCAAACACAUUUCUGUUUGAUUUUUUUGUGUAAUUAUAAUGUGCCUACGCAGUAAAAUAAACGAGUAUUUACGGUAAGUUUUACUUCUGGCCAAUCGUGUUUGUCUAAUUUAAUUGCGUCAUCACCGACACGCCCACAGUGAUGGCGCUUCCGGACUGGACCGUUUAUUUACUUUGUAUGGCUUCAGUAUGUGGAGGGCUUUGCAUUUGUCGUGUUAUUAGAUGUGGCAGAAAAACUUCAUGGAAAAAUACUGUGAUCGGUAAACUGAUGGCUCGCACAGAGAAACCAUUGUUUUGGAUUGCGUACUCUCUUUAUACACGGACAAAACUCGGGUAUAUGUUUCAUAAGAGGCAGAUAAGGAAAGCAAGGGAACGAUACCCCUCCGGCCACUCCAGAACUCAACCCACUAUAAUAAACGGCAUCAAAAUAAUACCAGUACCCAUCCUGUCGGACAACUACAGCUAUGUGAUCAUUGACACCGCAUCGAAUCUGGCAGUUGUGGUGGACCCUGCCGACCCCCAGCCUGUUCAGGCAUGCCUAGAGGAAGAAGGAGUGACGUUACAUGCUGUUCUCUGCACACACAAACACUGGGACCACAGUGGAGGAAACAGGGCUCUAAAGAGACGCUACAGUUCCUGCAGAGUAUAUGGGAAUGCUAUGGACAACAUUCCAGGACUUACACAUCCCCUUUCAGACAAAGACACGAUAGAUUUUGGCACUCGGCUUCAGUUCAAGGCCUUCUAUACUCCUGGGCACACAGUGGGUCACAUAAUCUACCUGCUUGAUGGCCGGGCGAUGGGUGGCCCCAGCAGUUUGUUUUCAGGGGACCUGGUGUUCCUUUCUGGAUGUGGGAGGAUGUUUGAGGGUAAUGCCUUAACAAUGCUGUCAUCCCUGGACACGGUGGGAUCACUAAAUGAUAAUACUCUGCUUUGGCCGGGACAUGAGUAUGCAGAAGAUAAUUUGCUGUUUGCUGCUGAGGUGGAGCCUUAUAAUAUUGUGCGGGACCAGAAAUUACAGUGGGUGCUUCAAAAGAGGGCUCAGGGAUUUUGCACGUGUCCAUCCACUCUCUCAGAGGAGAAACAGUACAAUCCCUUCCUACGAAGCCAUGCUCAGGAUCUCCACCAGGCUCUGGGUCUGCAACAAAACCAAGAUGAGGACUGGACUUCAUACCGCGCUCGUGUUUUAGAGGAGCUGCGUAGAAGAAAGGACAUUUAUAAGGGCCGAUAAGACUUUUGAUCUACUGAGAUUUGUAUAAAGUAACCACUGAAACACCAUUCCAAGCUAAACAUGUUGUGUUCCCAACAUUUAAAGGAAUAGUUCACCCAA